AUGCAGCGGAGGAAGAUCCCUCCGAGAUCUCAGUGCCUUAUUGUUAUCAAUCUUCCGGAGGCCGAGGCCACCACUUCCCAGGCUCGCCUGGACCACGACCUGCAGCUGCUGGGGCUGCACAUGGUUACCUUGUUUGAUAGCGACGAGGUGGAACCAACGGCGUUGAUCAGAGUAAAAGUGGUAUUCUGGCUUGAGAAACCCCGCCAGGAUAAUUCUCCAUGA